UAAAAAAUCAAGGCGAGUAAAUAAACUGAAUCAUUUGAAUUUUCUAGCAUUUUGUUAAAAUAUUUUAUCUUAAAGCUGUACAUGUCCUAAAACAUGUUUUAUAAAAACUUCUUUUUUAAUCAAUGACUACGCAUAACUGAGAGGACAAAUGGCUCUGAUUUUACAACAAAUCUCAAAAGGUGUAACAUUAAGUUUGAAUGCACAAAAUAAUAAAUGGAUUCUGAUGUUCUGCUCUUCUCAGACUUCAAAUAGCGUGCUUUUUUCUUUCAAAUAAAAAUAGUCUUUAGAGAAAUCUUUGGUGUUAUAUGAUGUUCCGAAUCGCAGCAAACGAUCUUAGUUUUAUCAGAUAAUUGCAACUUUUUAUUACCGUGUCGUAACAGUAUAAAAAGGUUACUUGAACAAAAAUUGAAUUAAUUUAUCAAAAAAUUAUUGACUACACACGCAACAACUAUAAAAAAGGGACAUUUAAAAAAAAAAUGGAAGACUUGAAAUUAUCGCCGGAUGAAGUAACUUUUGAACUUCAAGGAAACAAAUUAAGCCAAAAAAACGACAAAUACUUUGAUGCUCGAAAACAAAGCAGGCACGGAAACGAAACAGACUACGCAGAGAUUCCUAUCGAAACGCAGCAUCAGGAAAACCCAAUUCAUGAUUCUGUGCAUCAAACCUACGCGGAGCCAGAAAAAGUAACCAUGAGCGGUGAAACAGCGGGAAAAGAGCUUAACAAUUGGUCAAGGACAUGUUUCCUUGCAAUGGGAAGCGUACUAUUGAUUGCUGUUCUUCUACUGGCAAUAUUGAUGGCUGUAUCAAUUGUUUUGACAGUUUCAUUGUCAAAUGAAAUAAACAAGCACAAUGCUCAACAAACAGAAACCCUGGAAGACAUCGCAAAAAAUCAAGAUAACCUUGAAAGCUUGUUGACUAAUCUUUCCGGAAAAGUGGACAAAAUUGAAGUAAGUUUGAACGACAUAAACAAGCACAAUGCUCAACAAACAGAAACCCUGGAUGACCUCGCAAAAAGUCAAGAUAACCUUGAAAGCUUGUUGACUAAUCUUUCCGGCAAAGUGGACACAAUUGAAAAAAACAUGUGGUCAGAUGACGAAAGAAACUGGCUAAAUGUCUUCUCAGUCGAAGCAUAUUCAGGAAUUCACAUCUACAAUUUCUUCAAAGAUGGUAACACGUCUGCUGCUGUUCCUGGCGCCAUCGUUUAUACAAACAGAACCUUCAGACAUCCGUUAAUUUCAGACAAAAUGAAACAGAGCCAGUAUGUACGAUUCUCUGUUUUCAAACAUGACUUGUCGGAAGUGGCUAAACGAGUCAUUUUCCAAAUCAAACCCAAUGACGGUCUAGAAAAUUGGUUCAGUUUUGAACGACUGGAGAUGUCAAUGGGCUGGAAUUUUAGCUCAAGAGGUCCUCAAGGAAUACGUGGAAGUUGGAUGUUAAUAAGUGCAAGUGCUGACCAAGACGGAACUGAUACCAGACUUCAAAGAUAUUUCCAUAUGUCUCAUUCAUAUGCCGGAUGCCCAUAUGAUCGAGCUUGGUUCGUAGCUUUGACCCCAAAAAUGGCGAACGCCGCCAUUCAUUGCACCUGGGCCAAGUGGUGGCUGCGUGAGGACAUAGUUGCUUCUGGAAUGGCAGAUAGAAACCAACCCCCCGCGUUUCUUUACUCUGAGGGUCAGCAAGCUACCCUGCCAGAUGGAUUAAAAGCAGCUGGAAAAAUCACAAUAGAUGUGUACGGCGCUUAAAUAAUAAACUUUUUCAUUAAUGAUGGCUCUUCAGUUCCCAAAUGAGUUUCAAAUAGAAAGGUCUAUUAACUUAGUAGAGUUGCCAUUAUCAAAAACUGAAGCUAAGUCUACAAAAAUUUGGCAAGAAUUUUAAAUUUAAAAAACUUUUUCGAAAUUUGUAAUCAA